UCAGCUCAGGAACACUCACUCACUGAAGAGUUUGGUCCUGCUUCUGAACUUUGCGUCCGAUUUGUUUCAGAGUUUUACAGGCAGUGACAAUUUAAUACGCGCACAAUAGAUUAAGAGGAAGCAAAGUUUAAAAAUAGAUCAGCUUUUCGCAUGAACGCGUUUUCAGUUCUCGUUCAGGAGUUUAUUGUGUCUCGUGCGCAUUUACUCACCCAGUGCAAUAGUAAGUCUAGACUUCAGCCUGUUCUUGCCAGUGCCCCUCUGAGAUGGAGUGAUGAGAGAUCUCUUUCAUUCUUUCAAGACACAGCAGAAGUCCUUCAUCAUCCUCACAACAUGAAGCAGAUCACCAAGCCCAUCAGGAUCCCAUCAGAGAGUCACUUUAUAACAGCAGGGAAAGCACGAUCAGCCAGUCGACAGCCGCUCUCAUUGGACAAGCUGCCUGAGCAGUACCUAACUGGACAGUGGCCACGGGAGCCGUACCAACCCCAGCCGUCCUGCAUGAGUGAUAAAGCCACACAGACGCCUGGAUUUUGGACUGAGGAUGGAGGAGAGGUUAUCGUACACAAGCGCUCGGCAUCAUGGGGGAGCGCUGACCAUCUCAUAGAGAUCGCUAAACUCCGCCAGCAGCUUCAGCGCAGUUUGCAGGGAAGUUGCAAUAUCAAGGAGAAAGAAGAAGUGACGCAGCUGAACCAGGUCCAGCCAAAACGACUCACUGCAUCUUCAACUAAUAUGAUCCAUUCAAGACCCCUCAUAUGUAGAAUGCCCAGCUAUAGUGACUGUAUUAACCAGGAGCUGGAGAGUGUCUUCGUCUGUGAGGACUGGGGAAGGGAAGAGGAGAAGCCUCUGGAGGUGCGAGACGGUGGCCGUGCUCCUGUCUCCUCUUCAUCACAUCACAGAGCUGAGACACAGAUGUCCUGCAGUCCCUGUUUCUGUUGCUCUCCUCCUGCAGACACUGACAAAGGUAGAGCACUGUCUAUGCUACUCAUUAACUCAGAUUACCAUGGUGUUGCCAGGGUCUAG